UUCUCUAUUUUAUAAAUUUUGAAAUUAUAUUUUGUAAUAUAAAACGGCUGCUAGUUAAAGAAAAUAAACAAUGGUCAGGUGAUACAAAAACAACAAUUGAAUUGGCUCUGAUUUAUUGACACUUUACUCUUAUCUAAUGGCAGUGAUAUGAUCAUGAUGGAUAUGGACGACAAUGGCAGGUUGAGUUUUGGAAAUAGUGAUAUUGAGGGCACUAUUUCUCCUUUUGCCGAAACUUCUACUAUUGAUUUCGAUCAACUCUUUAAUAGCCCUGAUGGCACUGUAUUUUCUCAUUCCAUUUUUCCGAAUAAGAAUCGUAGAAAGGAUGUAGAUUUUGAGAGUUUACCAAUUGAUAUGCGAGUGUCUUUAGGAUCUCUAGAUAAUUCUGUAGAAAGUAAUGUAGAGCAAGAAAAUUCAGGAUAUAUUCAGCAUACUAUAUCUGCUGAUCAAAUAUGCAUGCAGAUAAACCCAGGAAACAAUCCUAUGCCAGAAAACUUGUCACAUGCCACUAUUACUGUUGAAAGUCGUAAUCAAGAAACAAAUGAGAAAGAGUACAAAAAAUUUCGCUGUGAUUAUGAAGGCUGUUCAAGAACUUACAGCACAGCCGGAAAUUUGAAAACUCAUCAAAAGACGCACACAGGAGAAUACACAUUUGUAUGUACACAAGAUGGAUGUGGUAAAAGCUUCUUAUCUUCAUAUAGUUUAAAAAUUCAUGUUAGGGUUCACACAAAGGAAAAGCCCUUUGGUUGUGACGUUAGUGGCUGUGAAAAAGCAUUUAAUACGUUAUACAGAUUAAAAGCUCAUAAAAGGCUGCAUACUGGCAAUACAUUUAAUUGUGAACAGCAAGGCUGUGCAAGGUAUUUUACUACAUUAAGUGACCUGCGUAAACAUUUUCGUACGCAUACUGGAGAAAGACCAUAUCGGUGUGAAGAAGAUGGCUGUGGAAAGUCAUUUGUAGUUAGUCAUCAUCUGAAAAAACACGUAAAAACACAUACAG